AUGAGCGCCGGAAUCCCCAAUGAGUCGGAGUCGCCCCCGAACCGGACAAUACUCAUUCUAUAUGGGUCCGAAACCGGAAACAGCCAGGAAAUCGCGGAAGAUCUCGACAAAUGCGUUCAGCGGUUACAUUUCGAGUCCAGACUCGCAGAGAUGGACAGCGUCCAGCUUAGCACAUUGCUUCAAUACUCCCUUGUUGUAUUUGUGAUCGGGACUACGGGACAGGGCGACGUCCCUAGGAAUGCGACGCUCCUUUGGAAGAAACUGUUACGGAGGAAACUCGCACAUGGGUGUCUCGCGGCCGUGAAAUUUACCACCUUUGGACUUGGCGACAGCUCUUAUCCCAAAUUCAACUGGGCCGCGAGGAAGCUCGUUCGCCGACUUGAGCAGCUUGGGGCUUUGGAGGUGUUUCCCAGUGGCGAAGCUGAUGAGCGGCAUGCUGAAGGAACCGACGGACUUUACCUUAGAUGGGUUGCGAAGCUUCAGGAGUGGCUCUUAUCAGCAUAUCCUAUCUCGGGGGGGCUGAAGCCGUUGCCAGAGGAGGUGCCACUCCCGCCUCGAUUCGUCCUGCGAUGGGAUUCAACAGAGACCUCGCAUGAUGAUCGUAGCCGUGAACGCAGUCUUCCGGUCGCUGGAGGACGGUUGUUAACCCUCGUAUCAAACGAACGCAUCACUGCCCCAGAGCACUUUCAGGAUGUUCGCCUCUUGAAGUUCGACCUCCCCGAUGAGAAGGACGGCUCAAAAUUAGAGCUCAACCCCGGCGAUACUGUUACGAUAUUCCCGAAGAACACCCCAGAGGAUGCUCAAAAAGUGAUAGACUUUAUGGAAUGGGGAUCUAUAGCCGACACCCCCAUCGACUGGUCCAAGUGCGAAAAACCCACGACGAUGUAUGUGGACGACACCUUCACGCUCCGCGACCUCCUUACCCACAACCUCGACAUCACCGCCGUCCCCAGGCGGAGUUUCCUCCGCAACAUAUCCUACUUCGCCUCCAACCCGGACCACAAAGAGCGACUCCUCGAAUUCACCUCACCGCAAUUCCUCGACGAGUACUACGACUACACCACCCGCCCACGCCGCACCAUCCUCGAAGUCCUCCACGAAUUCGACUCCGUCAAGGUUCCCCCCGAACGCGCGCUGGAUACCUUCCCCUUGAUCCGCGGGCGAGAAUUCAGCAUCGCCAACGCGGGAGACAAGCUCCGCCACCCGACGGACCCGAGUCUCCAGCGCAUCGAACUCAUCGUCGCUCUGGUCCGAUACAAGACCAUCCUCCGUAAAGAACGCCGCGGCCUCUGCUCGCGCUACCUUGAUACCCUCGCCCCGGGCACCAUCAUCCCCACACUACACAAGAAAUCGUUGACGACCCUCGUCGGACCCGCCGUAGACUCGAAACCGCUCGUGGCCGUAGCUACAGGGACCGGAGUAGCCCCCAUCCGCUCCCUCCUCUACCACCGCAACUCCCAAACCCCACAGGCCGAGGACGCGGAAGAAAGCGAGAAUCCCUCCGCCCCACCAGCGGCGCACCUCUUCUUCGGCUUCCGAAACCAAAAGGCAGACUUCCACUUCGCCGAUGAUUGGCCCACCUUCCCCUUCCUAACAAUCCACCCGGCCGAAUCCCGCCCCGCGCCGCCCGAGACGGAGGCGCCGCCGCCGUCCAGUCCCGGGACAAUGGUAAUACGCCGCAGAGGAACCUACGUGCAAGAUCUCGUGAGGAAGGAAGCAUGUACCGUGGCCGACAUGGUUCGUCGCGACGCCGUGUUUCUUAUUUGUGGCGGGUCGCAUAAGAUGGCUGAGGCGGUUAAGGAGGCUGUCCUUUUUGCUAUAGAGACGGAGAUGGGUGUUCGUGACAGUCAAGGGCGGGAUGAGGUAUUUGGUAGGUUGAACUGGGUCCAGGAAAUUUGGUAG